GAUUUGGUGCCUACCCAGCGUGCGUGAGCGGAUCCUCGGGCACGAGGGCGGUGCGCCGAGGAGAUCGUCCUCGACCACGACGAUCGCGACGACGACGACGACGACGACAACGACGACGGCGACGACGACGACAACGACGACGACGGUAACGAUGCUGCGUUCGCCGGCGCGUGGCGCUGUCACCGUCCUACGGGAGCCCUCCUCCGCUUCCGCAUCCGUUUCCGCCGCGGCGGCAGCGGCGGCGGCGGCCGCGGUGGCGUCCUCGGCCACCACCGUCUCGGCGCCGUCGACGCCGGUGCACCACGGCGGCGUCGGUACCGGCGCCGGUAGCUCGAGCAGCGCCUCCUCCUCGCGUCUCUCCCUGCUCGACACCUGCCACAGGAAGAUCAGGCUCUUCGGCGAGCUAGUCGCAAAGGCCAGACGAAAGGAGAAGGAUGCGGGAACCACGGAGGAUCCGAAAUUGUACCUGGAGGAGGCCACCCUCGAGAGGCAGCUACCAGAAUUGGACCUGAGAAUGCUCGUGGACCUACCACCCGGCCUCGACUAUAACGAGUGGUUGGCGUCACACACCCUCGCACUGUUCGAUCAUAUCAAUCUCGUCUACGGCACGAUAUCCGAAUUCUGCACCAUGACGGGCUGUCCCGACAUGACUGGUCCCGGCUUAAGAACGUAUCUGUGGUUCGAUGAAAAGGGGAAGAAAGCGAGAGUUGCGGCGCCACAAUAUAUAGAUUACGUUAUGACAUUUACGCAACGCACCGUUAGCGACGAAACUAUAUUCCCUACGAAAUACGCAAACGAGUUCCCGAGCUCAUUCGAGUCGAUAGUGCGUAAGAUCCUGCGGCUACUGUACCACGUAGUGGCACACAUUUACCACUGCCACUUCAGAGAGGUGGCGCUUUUGGGGUUGCACGCUCACCUCAAUUGUGUAUUCGCCCACCUCACGCUCCUUAAUCAACGCUUCAACCUUAUAGAUCCCAAGGAGACGGAGAUCCUGGGGGACCUAGAGGCCGCCCUCUUGGGUGACUCGACAUCCACGCCUUCGCAGACCUUAGCCAUCCAGGAGACUCCGACCACUACGAACACUAGCAGUACCACCUAGAUCGCUGCGAUGCGUUUUAGCGAGCGAGCAGAGGUUGCAGUUCCUGAGACUAGGUGACGAUAGGCGAUACGUUCGUUCGUUCGGUUUCUUUUUAUCUCCUUUUUUCUUUUGUAGAUUACAUGCGAAAAAUAAGUUUAUUGCGAUACGAUCGAUCGGUAAGAGAGAGAGAGAGAGAGAGAGAGAGAGAGAGAGAGA